AUGCCCGUUGGAUUAACUAAUGCACUAUCCACCUUUCAAGAUCUCAUGAAUGAUAUUUUUCAAGCCCACUUGAGGAAGUUCAUUUUGGUUUUCUUUGAUGAUAUACUGAUUUACAGUUCCAGCCUGGAAGAACAUAUCCAUCACCUGAAAAUCAUAUUGAGCUUACUCAGGCAGCACCAACUCUUUGCUAAACUAUCUAAAUGCUAUUUUUCUCAACCUGAAAUUGAGUUUUUGGGACACAUUAUAAAUGCAGAUGGUGUUAAAGUUGAUCCUUCAAAAAUCCGGAGUAUGACUGAAUGGCCACUUCCAUCAAACAUCAAGGAAUUAAUAGGAUUUUUGGGUCUCACAGGUUACUAUAGGAAGUUUGUACAAGGCUAUGGAAUUCUCAGCAGACCUCUUACUGAGCUUCUCAAAAAGAAUGCAUUCACUUGGUCUCAUGCAACCACUACAGCUUUUCAUAAUCUUAAAAUAGCCAUGACUCAAACUCCAGUAUUGGCUUUCCCUGACUUAACCAAAGACUCUGUGUUGGAAGCUGAUGCUUGUGAGAAUGGCAUUGGUGCAGUGCUCAUGCAACAAGGUAGACCAAUUGCUUUCUUCAGUCAACCUCUAGGUCCAAGAGCUACAACUCUGUCUACUUAUGAAAAGGAAAUGCUUUUAAUUUCUCAAGUUGUUACUAGGUGGAGGCAUUACUUACAAGGACAUCAUUCAUCAUUCGGACAGAUCACCAAAGCAUACAAAAAGGGUUCAAAAAAUAAAGUUGAUGAUGUUUUGUUAAGAAGACCUCAUCCAUCUGUUGAAUGUCUCUCCAUCACUGUCACUACACCACUUUUGGCUCGAGAGAUUGUUGCAAGUUAUGAAGGCUUCAAGAUGAGUCCCUUUAAAGAUUUAUAUGGGUAUGAACCACCAUACCUUGCAUUUCCUUCUACUGUCAUUACUUCUGUGGCUUCAGUGGAAGAGUACUUAAAGCAGAGAUAUGAAGUUCUCAACUUACUCAGAGAAAAUCUUCAUAAAGCUCAGGAAAUAAUGAAAUUGUAUGAUGAUACCAAGAGGGUAGACAGAUCCUUUGAUGUUGGAGACAUGGUCUACUUAAAGUUGCACCCUUACAGGCAUUCCUCCAUUGCCUUAAGAAAGAAUGUUAAGCUCUCUGCCACAUAUUAUGGCCCAUUUCCAGUGCUGCAGAAGAUAGGAGUUGUUGCUUACAAACUGCAAUUACCUCUCAUCUCAAGAAUCCACCCAGUCUUCCAUGUGUCUCAACUUAAGAAGAAGAUUGGCACCACACACACUCCUUCUCCUUCUCUUCCAGUUGUUGACUAUGAGGGCCAAAUUAUUCUCCAUCCUGCUGUUAUUUUAGACUCCAGAACUGUUGCACGAGGAAGAUGCCAGGUGGACCAACUUAUCAUCCAAUGGAAAAACGCUUCUGCAGAGAAUUCUACUUGGGAAGACUAUGCAAAUGUGCAUGCACACUUUCCAAAUUUCAAUCCUUGA